CAGCACAACUCUAAUCAAAUCUUCAAUUUUUUUUCUCCAUUUUCAUUUUUAUUUUCACGUGUAAUAAUUAGUCGCCAAUUGUCAUCACAGUAAAACCUUAACGAAGCUUCCGACAAGAAUACGACAACCAACGGACUUAUGCCUUAAGGGGAGAGGGAGCAAUGAACAUUUCCUAAUUCUUAUCAAUUUUCAGAUCUCCCUCUCCUAAACCCUUACAUUUUUUCCGGCCGAUCUAUGUAUAUAUUAAUAUAUAUGUAAAAUAGAUUUAGAAAGAUCUAUAUAUAGUAAUUGAUUGUAGCAACUCGAAAUCCAUUGACUCUUAAAUCUUCAAUUACUAGCUUGAGUUGUUCGCUGGUAGCCUGGUCCAAUGUGAUUUUUCCAGUUUUGUCUUUUCUAAGGUCUUUAUCGUGAUACUGUUUUGGAAUUGUGCAUUUGACCUUGUAUAUGCUGAAGAAGAAAGUAAAGGAUAGAACUAAAAAGAAGAGGGAAAGAGGAGGAUGACGAUUUCGGACAAUAGCAGAGGGUUAAUUCUGGCAAUAUCAUCAAGUUUGUUUAUUGGAACAAGUUUUAUACUGAAGAAGAAAGGUCUUAAGCGUGCUGCAGCAGCUGGCACUCGAGCAGGAGUUGGAGGCUAUACUUAUUUGCUUGAACCACUUUGGUGGGCAGGCAUGAUAACAAUGAUCACUGGAGAGGUGGCCAAUUUUGUGGCUUAUAUUUAUGCUCCAGCAGUUCUGGUGACCCCUCUUGGUGUUUUGAGUAUAAUUAUCAGUGCUAUUUUGGCGCACUUUAUGUUGAAAGAACGAUUGCAAAAGUUAGGUGUACUAGGAUGCAUUUCAUGCAUCGUAGGCUCGGUGGUUAUUGUUAUCCAUGCACCUCAGGAGCAUAUGCCAUCUUCUUUACAAGAAAUCUGGAUUUUGGCAACGCAACCAGCGUUUUUGAUUUAUGUAGCUGCAACAUUAUCUAUGGUGCUUGCCUUGAUUUUGCAUUUUGAGCCUCACUAUGGGCAGACAAAUAUACUGGUUUAUUUGGGAAUCUGUUCCUUAAUGGGUUCAUUCACGAUUGUCAGCAUAAAGGCUAUUGGAAUUGCUAUAAAACUUACUUUGGAAGGAAUUAGUCAAGUUGCCUGUCCUCAAACAUGGUUUUUUCUUACUGUCGCAGUGAUAUGCGUCAUCACACAGCUGAAUUACCUUAACAAGGCACUGGAUACAUUCAACACCGCAAUUGUUUCUCCGAUAUAUUAUGUAAUGUUCACCACCAUGACCAUCAUCGCAAGUGCAAUAAUGUUCAAGGACUGGGCAGGGCAAAAUGUCAGCGACAUAGUGUCCGAGAUAUGUGGAUUUAUAACAGUACUUUCAGGAACAAUCAUGCUCCAUGUUACUAGAGAACAGGAACCAGUUACCGCGCCAGGAACCAUAACAUGGUGUGACGGGGAACGUAUAAAGGCAAUGGAGGAUGGGCAUUACAUCCUGUUGCAUGAUUCAGAAUACUUAGACUCGUAUAGCGCCUUAGCAAAGGAUUCGAGAAGUUGAUUGCAGAACUGGACGUUCUAUCCACAGCUGAUAUUUGAUUUGUGCAUUGACGGAAUGAGCAAUACUUGCUUAAGCUCAUUGAUCUUGAGCUUUACAACUGCCGAGCAAUUUUUUCCUAUGUGCAUAAUACUGGGAAAAGCUAGAGAGCGAGGCCACCUCGUAUCUGAAACUAGGUUUGGAUUUUCCGAAGAUUUUUUGACCAACAUGGGGGGUUACAUUUGAGCAUGGUUUUCUUGCAAAUCUCUUAUCGCAGUCGGGGUUUGUAUAUAUAUGGCUUCUUUUAUGUUGUAACAUAUUAUUAUUCAUUAAUUUAUCAUAAUGAGAUAUAGCCUAUCACAUGAUGGGAAAAAAUGACAACAACAAUUAUGCCUCA